ACGUCAUUUAGUGAAGAACUGCCUUCAGUUGCUUCUUCGCUUCACACUCGAUUUUCGACCGUUCUUCCUUUAUGAAAUGUUCUUGUGAUAUAGUAAUAGUUAGGAAUAUCCACUAUUAGGAGUCAAAGGAAAGAAGGCAAUCUCCGCUAUCAUGCAGAUACUGAACGAUAGAUCUGGGUGGCAGAAGACGGAUAUACGAAAGUUUUAAUAAUAAUCUGCAGGACGAAACGCUGCGUUUUGCAAUCAAAUGAAGUGCAUCAGGAAUUUUUAUCGAAUGCUGAUGGAUUACCGUGAUUCGGUGGCUUAUGUAUGAACAUCGAUUCUGCGCUUUCUUACUGGGUUUUAUUUCUAAUUUGUUUUUCGCUCUUUCACCAAGGUUUUAAUUUUAAUGCUUUUUUAACCGCGGCGUGUUCGAUUCACUACCCAAAUGUUAGUGCACAGUUUUUCCGCUAUGGAUCGUCAUGACGGUAGUAAUGGGACUACCAGGAUAUCUCAGCUUGGAUCCGUGGGUCAGUCUCCGUACGCCAGCGCGCCCCCACUCUCGCAUACUCCCAACUCUGACUUCCAACCUCCAUAUUUUCCGCCACCUUACCAGCCCAUCUAUGCCCAGUCACAGGACCCUUACUCGCACGACCCCUAUUCCCUAAACUCUCUACAUGCACAGCCACAAACACAGCACCCAGGAUGGCCAGGCCAAAGGCAGAGUCAGGAGAGCAGUCUUCUGCACCAGCAUCGGGGCUUGCCCCAGCUGUGCAGGGACUACCGGAGAGACGUCCUUUUGCAGUCCGGACACGGCAUAGAUCCUGCGCUAGCAGAUUCUAUCGCUAUCCAUGGAAUACCUCAUUCCUUGGAAGACAUGCAGCACGUUGAAGAUCAAGUCAACAUCAUCCAAGACCAAACUGUAAUUAAGAAAGGUCCUGUAUCUUUAUCGAAGAGCAACAGCAUCUCCGCAAUCCCUAUGAGUAAGGAUGGUCUCUUUGGCGGAGUGAUAAACCCAAAUGAAGUGUUCUGUUCUGUUCCGGGCCGCUUGUCUCUACUUAGCUCAACAUCAAAGUACAAGGUCACCGUCUCAGAGGUUCAGAGACGCCUCUCACCCCCAGAGUGCCUCAAUGCCUCUCUGUUGGGGGGAGUUUUGAGGAGGGCAAAAUCUAAGAAUGGAGGGCGGUCCUUAAGAGAAAAACUGGACAAAAUUGGAUUAAAUCUCCCAGCUGGAAGACGCAAGGCUGCAAAUGUCACGUUGUUAACGUCACUUGUAGAGGGUGAAGCUGUUCAUCUUGCCCGAGAUUUUGGUUACGUGUGUGAGACAGAGUUCCCAGCCAAGGCAGUAGCGGAAUACAUGAACCGGCAGCAUUCCGACCCAAAUGAACAAGUCCAGAGAAAAAACAUGUUGUUGGCAACAAAACAAAUCUGCAAAGAAUUCACAGACCUGCUUUCUCAGGACCGUACGCCCUUGGGGAAUUCUCGGCAACAGCCCAUUCUAGAACCAGGGAUUCAAAGUUGUUUGAGCCACUUUAGUCUAAUUUCUCACGGAUUCGGGACCCCAGCCAUGUGCGCAGCCAUGACGGCCUUGCAGAACUAUCUGAAUGAGGCUAUGAAAGCUAUGGACAAAAUGUACCUCAAUAAUAACAAUCACAACGACAGCGGCACGAAGAGUGGCGAGAAAGACGAGAAGCACAGAAAGUGAUGAAAUAUAUAAAUAUAUAUGCCACUCCUCUUGUGAUUUUACAAGUCUUUUUAUAUCACGUUCAUUUCAACUUUGGAAUCAUGGGAAGUAAGGUAUUUUUCACCCUAGAAUCAAAUGGGAAAAACAAUGGAACCAAACGGAGAGAAAAGGCCUUCCAACAGUCCACUCUGGAGACUUUAUGUACCGCCUACUUCUUGAGCUGCAACGGACUGACGCUCAGCCGCCCUUCUGUAUCUCCAGUUAUGAUUGUAGCUAUAAAAGAAGAUGAAAGAGGAUGCAUUUCUAUCAGUAUUGUGAAUAAUAAACUUGAAAAACUGAAACUCAGUUCCAUGUCAUGACUUCAUAGUAGACUUCCACGCCUAAGGUAAAACGACCAACUUGAACUUUUUGAAUUUUAACAGGAUUCUCGGGUACGGAAGGGAAUAUAUAUGCCUAAUUUAAUGGGAAUUGUAAAUAUGGUGCGCCUGUUCACAAUCCCAACACCCCCCUCCCCCUAAUUAUCAGGUACUUCCUGUUUUAAUGGGUUUAUAUAAUCGAUGUGGUUUUAUUGGCCUAUUCCUAAGCGUUUUGGGUGCUACUUUGCUCUGGGAUGUUUUCAGUUAGUUAGCAUAUUGUGGGGACAUGGACAGAAGUGAGCAACUUUGAUUAAAAAAAAUAUAUCUCCCUGUAGUAGGCCCUGUGAUGUACGUCCCUCCUUCCCUGAAAUCGGCAAAGAACAGGAUCCCAAGGAUGAGUGCGACUGUUUUGUGUUUUUUUUUGUUUGGCUUUGAGUUUAUAAAAGCCUUUAAGUGUUCAUGUACCAAUGAGAAGAUAUACUUUAAACCCAUUGUUCUUCCCCGGAAGGACAGUCGCAGCAAUAAAUUUGUAUUGUAUUUUGGAAA